AUGGAUCUCUUGUUGGCGUCCCGCCGAUUCCAGUUGCCGAGUGAUCGGUUCGAGCCCCGAGCCCUGAGAGGUAUCUACAAAAGGGGAGCAACCAGAGGGGGAAAAGGAGUGUGUGAGAAAUCCUGGUGCGAGAGAGAGCCAUUGUGCAAGCUGUACGUCGUCUUUGCGGUACUACGCGUCUUCUCCUUGAACGCUCUUCCGGGGGAACUCGUGGAGAUCGGUCCCGGAGGGACGGGCGACUACUACCAGUCCGUGAUAAUGGCAGGAACGACGAGAUCGCCUUGUUCGCCUACUGGGGGAGCCGACACCGGGGGGCCACCCGCCGGCCGAAAGCGACCCGCACAACAAGACGACAUCGACGACGACGACAAGCCUCUUACACUUUCGACUCUUCUGGCGGCCCUCAAGGAGAACCGGGAAGAGAUCGUUGCACAAGUUCGUGAAGACAUCGAUGGACUCACCGGUCGCGUAACGACUGUGGAACAGACAGUGGAGGCGCACGUUUCAAACACCACCCGUCUCUUGGAAGCUAUGACAGACCGCCAUUGUGCUAUGGAAGCAAGUGUCCGGGGAGUUGACGAAAGACAGCAAGCCGUGGUGCAGCGUUUGGAAGCCCUCGAAGGACGUUUUGCCCAAGCCAACUUUUCUUUGUCAAGUACCAGAACAUCCGACACGGACGGGGGGAAUCAACGCCCCGCGAUCGUUGUCGGGGGAUGGAGUGCAGACCAACACCAUGAGGACACACUUCGAUUGGUCAAACAGCACCUCCAAGAGCUCAACAUCGACCUCGACACCAGCAAGGCCUUUGUUCCCGGGCUCCGUAGAGGCUUCGCCCUCGUACCCCUCACGAAGAACCUGGGGGAAAGUGAUGAAGAACAACGAGCCCGCGUCCAAGAAGCCCUUCGUGCUGUUCGAGCCGCUAAGGUAGUUACUGGACAGAAACCUGAGGGCGGGGAAAGAUACCUCUUCGCUGCCAUGAGCCAGAGUCCCGAGCGUCGCAAGCGUGCACAAUUAGCAGGAAAAGUUAAACGAUUGAUCAUUGAGGAAGGCGGGGAUAUCCGCCGCAUCGACGUCGAGUACGGGACUGCCAACCUCUGGUACAACAGCAUCAAAGUCGCUUCCGGGGUUACCUCGCCUCCCGAUGGUGCCUCAGUGGAAAAGGCAGGCUGGGUCCACCUUGGCACCCUGGCACGCCAAAUCGGGAUUUCGGAAGCAGCUGCUACCUCCAAGUGGGGGGAACUUCGCAAGGCGCUGCAGUGA